ACUUUCAAUUAGCUUUUUGACACUGUUUUUCUGGCCUAAAACACGCAUUAAUCAUUACAUUUUUUAAUUUUUUUUUCUCUUUCGUGAUCUUUCCCAUUACCAUUUCACUCAAAAAACUAGUCACUACCAGUCCCAAAUUCUAGCAAAGUUCAGUAAAUCAUAUUCAAGUUUAAAUUAGAAGUAAUUAACAAGGGAAGUUUCAGAUGGGCUCAGGAGAUAAUGUGUUUACUGUUGUGGCAAAAAAUAUAGAUGUUCUUGCAAUGCCUGUGGUUUCUCUUGUAUAUCCUCUAUAUUGUUCCAUCAAGGCUAUAGAAACGAAAUCUCGAGCAGAUGAUCAGCAGUGGCUAACAUAUUGGGUUCUUUACUCUUUGAUCACCCUCUUCGAGCUUACAUUUUCCAAAGUUCUUGAAUGGUUUCCCAUAUGGUCUUAUGCUAAGUUGAUUGGUGUGUCCUGGUUGGUGCUGCCUUAUUUCAAUGGAGCUGCAUAUGUUUAUGAGCAUUUCAUAAGGCCUUUCUACAGAAACCCACAAGUUAGAAUGUGGUAUAUCCCUAGAAAAAAGGACUUAUUCAGUAAGCAAGAUGAUAUUUUAACUGCUGCAGAAAAGUAUAUUGAAGAGAAUGGACCUGAGGCAUUUGAAAGGCUUAUAGCCAGGUCUGAUAGAGAAGCAAGAGCUAGGAGGGGCAACUACACAGUGUUUCAAGAUAACCAUGGCUAUUAUUAACCUGCUACUAAACAACUUAUAAAUUUGCUGCAAGGGUGUUGUGUACUUCUCAGCGUUCUCAUUUCUGUUUGAUGUUACAAGGGUAGCUGAAGAGGACUGUUUUUAACCUUAACCUGCUAGUAUUGGUUAUAUAUCUUGUCUUCAUAAGUUUGAACCUUAAUUUACAUCUUUGGUUCUUAUUUAUCUAUGGUUUUUGAUGGGUCU